AAGGGAACACUCUCUCUCCGGCGACUGACUUUUUGACGGAGAUGGCACUGUCACAGUCUACCUCACUCCCGACUUUACAGUCUCCAUUCCACAAACUUCAAUUCGUUGGAGUAUCUCGAAAUCGGAGAGAACUUACAAUCCUGACGACGGCGAAAACUCCCACCAGAUGUCCUUUGGUUUCGUUAUGUCGUCAUACGGCGAGAAGGAAACCCCUGACAAUCAGCUGCGUCGCCGUAGCUUUUCACGACGAUGGAGCCAGAGAAGCAUCCUCUUCUCCAUCUACUUCUAUCUCGUCGAUCUUCGUGAAGGGGCUUGCGGAUUCAGUGAGUGAAGGUCGUUUGAAGAAGGUCUUCUCGGAGUUUGGAGAAGUUGGCCAUGUAAAAAUCAUCGUGAACGAAAGGACUCGCCAGUCUCUAGGAUAUGGCUAUGUUUGGUUUUCCAAAAGAGAUGAUGCACAGUUGGCCGUGGAAGCUAUGAACGGAAAGUUCUUUGAUGGCAGGUUUAUACUUGUGAAAUUUGGUCAGCCUGGACUGUCCCGUCGCCGGAGAUCACAUUCCGAUUUUCUUUUUGUGAAUAAAUGAUCUUACUAUAUUUUAUCUUUUGAGCGAAUGUAAUAAAAACUAGGAUUCUAAAGCCGGGACCUGAAUAUUGUAUGUCCCAAUAGAACUAGGAUUCAUGGCUUAAGGGUGAGAAGCAAGAUCCCUGCCAUGUUCUUUGUCUUCAUAAAAUGGUUUUGUUUUCUUUA